AUGAGAGGCACAGCACAGACCCAGCUCCUGGCCUUCUCCCUCCUCUGCCUGCUCUCAAAGGUGUGUGCCCAGCUGUGCCCGACACCUUGUGCCUGUCCCUGGCCACCACCCCGAUGCCCGCUGGGGGUGCCCUUAGUGCUGGAUGGCUGUGGCUGCUGCCGGGUCUGUGCACGGCGCCUGGGGGAGCCCUGCGACCACCUCCACGUCUGCGACUCCAGCCAGGGCCUGCUCUGCCAGCCUGGAACGGGCCCCGGUGGCCCAGGGGCAGUGUGCCUCUUGGGAGAGGACCACGGGGGCUGCGAGCUGAACGGCCGCCUCUACCAGGACGGGGAGACCUUCCAGCCGCAUUGCAGGGUCCUGUGCCGCUGUGAGGACGGCGGCCUCACCUGCCUGCCGCUGUGCAGCGAGGACAUCCGCCUGCCCAGCUGGGACUGCCUGCGCCCCAGGAGGGUGGAGGUCCCUGGCAAAUGCUGCCCCGAGUGGGUGUGUGACCAGGCGGCUGGGCGGGCCGUCCAGCCCCUCCAGGGCCAAGGACCCCAGUUUUCUGGCCUCGUGGCUCCUGCACCCCCUGGCAUCCCCUGCCCAGAAUGGAGCACAGCCUGGGGCCCCUGCUCCACCACGUGUGGGCUAGGGGUGGCCACCCGAGUGUCCAACCAGAACGCCUUCUGCCAACUGGAGACCCAGCGCCGCCUCUGCCUGCCGGGGCCCUGCCUGCCUGCUGGGAGCCGCCGACCCCGGAACACCGCCUUCUAG